AUGCUCGUGAACAAGAAACUCAUUCCACCUUCCUGCUUUCGUACUCCCCCCUGCGCCCUCCCUGCCCCGCACCCCUCCGCGGCGCCCGUGCCCCCCCACCAUACGGCAGUGGCAUUGCUGGGGGGCAAAGUCGCGCACGGCAGCGGAGAUGAAUCGGCGGCGGAGGGCAAGAGCACGCGGUUCCUGAUCAGCAACUUCGGGCUGCCCGGGCCCGUGCCGUGGGAGUGGAUCCGCGAGAGCGUGCAGCAGCAGUUCACGCUGGACGGCCGCGUGCAGGUGAUCAACCAGUUUCUGAACAAGGACGCAGCAGACUCGGGCGCCAAGGCGUACGAGUGGUCCACUGACCGUAUCGACAAGCAGGCCGCCAUGGCGCGCCGCCGCGACACGGGCUUCGGGUCGUACGGGCCGAACGUAACGGCUUCGUUCUACUCGGCGUUUGAGAAGUACCCGCUGGGAGGAAAGAGCGUGUUAAUCAUCGGCAGCCAGUGGCCGUGGGUGGAGGCGAUCUGCCUGGGGUUCGAUGCGCACGCCAUCACGACGGUGGACUUCAACCGCCCCGUGGCGUCCCACCCUCGGCUGCGGCAGCUGGUGGUGGGCGAGCUGGAGGGCAGCAGCGAGACGUGGGACGUCGCCGUCUCCUUCUCCUCCCUCGAACAUGACGGGCUCGGCCGCUACGGCGACCCCAUCAACCCCAACGGCGACCUCGAACGCAUGAAAAAGAUCAAGGGGCUGCUAAAGCCAGGAGGGCUGCUGUUCCUGGGUGUGCCCACAGGCAACGACACGCUGGUCUUCAACGCCCACCGUAUCUACGGUCCCAUCCGCAUGCCACUGCUCACUGAAAGCUUUCACCUUCUCGACGUCUUUGGGGUUAGCAGCCUGGAACGACUUUACCGCGAGAAUGUUAAAGCCGACAUUGUUCAGCCGCUCCUUGUGCUCCGUCGUGAUUAA